UGUUCGGGGUUUACCAUCCCAAGAAACCCACAAAGAUUAGAGUCGUGUUUGACUCAAGCGCCCCCUAUGAAGGGGUCUCUCUCAACGACGUGCUACUCACAGGCCCUGACCUUAACAACAGUCUCGUCGGAGUGCUCAUGAGGUUCAGAAAAGAACAAGUAGCCGUAACCGCUGACAUUGAACACAUGUUUCACUGUUUUGUUGUUAAAGAGAGCCACAGAAACUUUCUCCGCUUUUUGUGGUACAAAGAUAACGACAUGUCCUGCGAAAUAAUUGAGUACCGCAUGCGUGUGCACAUCUUCGGGAACAGUCCCUCCCCCUCUGUUGCCAUAUACGGCCUCAAGAAAGCGGCAACGACCGGUGAAGCAGAGUUCGGGACCGAUGCACGCAGGUUCAUAGAGCGAGAUUUCUAUGUCGACGAUGCUCUCAAGUCAUUCCCCACUGAGCAAGAAGCAGUUCAUGUUCUAAGACAAGCACAACAGGCUCUCGCUUGUUCAAAUCUCAGGCUACAUAAAGUCACCUCAAACCGCCAAGCUGUUCUGGAAGCCUUUCCGCCAGAAGACAGAGCUAAAGAUGUUGAAAACUUGGAUCUGUGUGCACCAGAUCUCCCUGUCCAGCGGAGUUUGGGACUGUUGUGGAAUGUUGGCCUUGACACUUUCACAUUCAAAGUCGACAAAGAUCAAAAGCCUUUCAGUCGUAGAGGCGUCCUCUCUACGGUCAAUAGCCUGUACGACCCUCUCGGGUUCCUCGCCCCCAUCACAAUCCAAG